AUGGCUCUUCAUCGUGUUACAUUCAUUGCAAUUUCCAUGGUUUUGCUUUCUUCAAUUGCUAUGGCAACUGAUCACAUUGUAGGUGAUGACAAAGGUUGGACAGUUGAUUUUAACUACACUCAAUGGGCUCAAGACAAAGUUUUUCGUGUCGGCGACAACCUUGUGUUCAAUUAUGACAAUACAAAGCACAACAUCUUCAAAGUAAAUGGUACACUCUUUCAAAACUGCACUUUUCCACCUGAAAAUGAAGCAAUUUCGACCGGAAAAGAUGUUAUUCUAUUGAAAACUGAAGGAAGAAAAUGGUAUAUUUGUGGAAAAGCUAAUCAUUGUGUUGCACGUCAAAUGAAGCUUGUCAUCACUGUUCUUGCAGACGGUGCACCUGCUCCUUCCCCUCCUCCGUCUUCCGAUGCUCACUCUACUGUAUCAUUCGUGUUUGGGAUCGUCAUGGCUGCUAUAGUGGCCAUGGCAACCAUUUUUGCUUAA